AUGGGUUCUUGUUGCAGUGUUAGAAUAAGGGCAGACAGCCCACGUUAUAAUGGAUCAAAUUCAAGAUAUGUCAGCAAUGAUGUGAAAGACACAAGUAGCAGUUCAUCGAUUGCAAUUCCAUUGACCCCUCGAAGUGAGGGUGAAAUUUUGGAAUCAUCGAAUUUGAAGAGUUUUGAGUUUAUUGAUCUGAGAACAGCCACCCGGAACUUCCGUCCAGAUAGUGUAUUAGGGGAAGGUGGUUUUGGGUGCGUUUUUAAGGGAUGGAUCGAUGAACACACGUUUAAAGCUGCGAAACCUGGGACUGGAAUGGUAAUUGCUGUCAAAAGAUUGAACCAAGAAGGUCUUCAAGGUCACAAGGAGUGGUUGACAGAAAUCAAUUAUCUGGGGCAGUUAUACCAUCGUAAUCUAGUAAAGUUGAUUGGUUAUUGUUUAGAGGACGAACACAGGCUUCUUGUUUACGAGUUCAUGCCUUGUGGCAGCUUGGAGAAUCAUCUAUUCAGGAGGGCAUCUUACUUCCAACCGUUGUCUUGGAACCUGCGUAUGAAGGUUGCUCUAGGUGCAGCGAAGGGGCUUGCGUAUCUUCACAGCCCGGAAGCUAAGGUUAUAUAUCGUGAUUUCAAAUCCUCCAAUAUCUUGCUCGAUGCGAACUACAAUGCCAAGCUUUCUGAUUUCGGGUUGGCCAAGGAUGGACCAAUGGAUGGUAAAAGCUAUGUAUCUACAAGAGUAAUGGGUACCUUUGGCUAUGCAGCUCCCGAGUAUAUGGCCACAGGCCAUUUAACCGCCAGAAGCGAUGUAUUUAGUUUUGGGGUUGUUCUCCUCGAGAUGCUGACUGGGCGUCGUGUAAUAGACAAAAACCGCCCUCACGGGGAACAAAAUCUUAUCGAAUGGGCUCGGCCUUAUCUGGCUAGCAAAAGGAGAAUAUUCCGAGUCAUGGAUGCCCGUAUAGAAGGCCAAUACUCGCCAACCGGAGCAUUGAAAGCAGCUACUCUCGCCGUCAAAUGCGUAGCAAUAGAACCCAAAUACAGGCCGAACAUGGAAGAGGUUGUAAAAGCAUUGGAGCAACUCCAGGACACGGGGAGUGUCAAAACCGAGGCUGUCCAAAAACAUCGUCGAUCGUGCGCCAAAGAUUCGAGUCGGAAGGCUGCUUCUUAUCCCAGACCAUCUGCAGCCUCUGUUGUUGCUUGA